UUUAGUUCCAGGCAGAAUGCGGGCUGGGAAACUCUACAUUGUGAUGUGUCUCCUGGCAACAACUCCAACUCAUGUUACCUCUCCUACCGUGGACAAGCCAAAGCCUGUCCUGACCCGGGAGCCUGCAGGAGAGAUAUUUGAAGGAGACAAAGUCACCCUGAGCUGUGUGGUUAGGGGGGGCUCUGGUGGCUGGAGAUAUCGCUGGUACAAAGGCAGUCAGCACAGUACUCCAGUGUACCAGACUGACAGCAGCAGUAAAACUGGAGCUGGAUACACAAUCAGUGCUGCUGCUCUGAAUCACAGUGGAGAGUACUGGUGUCGAGCUGAAAGAGGGAGAAACCCAUUUAACUCAGACUACAGCAGUGCUGUCAAUAUAGAAGUAUCAGAGCUGUUCAGCACAUCCACUCUGACAGUGCUACCUGAUGCCUCAGUGUGGGAGGGAGAGCCUGUGACUCUGCAGUGUGGGGCUCACAUAAAUAAACACGACACACAGCUGCAGUACCGCUAUAUCAAAGACAAUGUGAAUCUGAGUGGAGCUCGAUCACGGGAUCCAUACUCAAUCCCAGCGGCAGAGCUAAAAGACACAGGGAGCUACCAGUGUGAGGUGGAGGCAGCAGGGAUGGGGGUGAAGAAAAGGAGUGAUUCUGUGUGGCUUUUUGUGAAAGAGCUGUUUAGGAAACCCACUCUGACAUUCACCCCUGUGAGUCCAGAGUGGGAGGGAGAGGCUGUGACUCUGCAGUGUGGGGUUCAGAUAAAUAAACAGGGCACACAGCUGCAGUACCGCUAUAUCAAAGACAAUGGGAAUCUGAUUGGAGCUGGAUCACAGGAUCAGCACUCAAUCCCAGCGGCAGGGCUGAGAGACACAGGGAGCUACCAGUGUGAGGUUGAGGCAGCAGGGACGGGGCUGAAUAAAAGGAGUGAUUCUGUGAGGCUUUCUCUGAAAGAUGGCCAGCCAAAGCCUGUCCUGACCCGGGAGCCUGCAGGAGAGAUAUUGGAAGGAGACACAGUGACUCUGAGCUGUGUGGUUGAGGGGGGCUCUGAUGGCUGGAGAUAUCUCUGGCACAAAGGCAUGCUGUCUGAUCUUCUCUCAUCUUUUGUCUCUACAGAACGACCCCAGGCUGUCCUGACCCAGGAGCCUGCAUGGACACAGAUAUACGAAACAGAGAGAGUGACACUGAGAUGUCAGGUUCAGGGGGGUUACACUGACUGGAGAUUCACAUGGUACAAAGAUGGGAGGAAUGAUCUAGUAACCCAGGAUUACUACAGCAGGAUAGCUGGUGACAGCUACACAAUUAGCUCUGCUGCUCAAUACCACAGUGGGAAAUAUACCUGUAAAGGUGUAAGGACAGGUAACCCAUCGUUCUCUACAAUCAGCGAUGCUCUUACACUGAGAGUAUCAGCUGGCAAGCCAAAGCCUGUCCUGACCCAGAAGCCUGCAGGAGAGAUACUGGAGGGAGACACAGUCACCCUGAGCUGCUCUGUUCAGCCAUAUUCUAGUGGCUGGAGAUAUCUCUGGUACAAAGGCAGUCAGUACAGCACUCCAGUGUACCAGACUGACAGCAGCAGUGGAACUGGAGUCGGAUACACAAUCAGUGCUGCUGCUCUAUCCCAGAGUACCGGUGGAGAGUACCGGUGUCUAGCUGGACGGGGUAGCAAACCGUUUAACUCAGACUACAGCAAUGCUGUCAAGAUAAAAGUUUCAGAGCUGUUCAGCACACCCACUCUGACAGUGAGGCCUCAUGCCUCAGUGUGGGAGGGAGAGGCUGUGACUCUGCAGUGUGGGGCUCAGAUAUAUAAACAGGGCACACAACUGCAGUACCGCUAUAUCACAGUCAAUGGAGAUCUGAGUGGAGCUGGAUCACAGGAUCAGUACUCAAUCCCAGCGGCAGAGCUGAGAGACAGAGGGAGCUACCAGUGUGAGGUGGAGGCAGCAGGGACGGGGGUGAAGAAAAGGAGUGAUUCUGUGUGGCUUUCUGUGAGCGAGCUGUUUAGGAAACCCACUCUGACAUUCACCCCUGUGAGUCCAGUGUGGGAGGGAGAGGCUGUGACUCUGCAGUGUGGGGUUCAGAUAGAUAAAUGGGGCACCCGGCUCCAGUACCGCUAUAUCAAAGACAAUGGGGAUCUGAGAGGAGCUGGAUCACAGGAUCAGCAUUCAAUCCCAGCAGCAGAGCUGAGAGACACAGGGAGCUACCAGUGUGAGGUGGAGGCAGCAGGGACGGGGCUGAAGAAAAGGAGUGAUUCUGUGAGGCUUUCUCUGAAAGAGCUGCCCCAGCCUACAAUCACCCUGGAGCCUCCAUUCCUAGAGAUAUGCACCGGGGAGACAGUCACUCUGAGGUGUGGGGUUGAGGUGGGUUCUGCUGGCUGGAAAUAUCUCUGGUACAAAGACAGUGAGGACACUCCAGUGCUCCAGACUGCUGGACGCAGUAUAACUGGUGACAGCUACACAAUCACUGCAGCUGCUGUAUCUGACCAGGGCCAGUACUGCUGUCGAGGACAAAGAGGAGAUCAGCCACUCUACUCACAGCUCAGUGAUAAAGUAAUAUUAACUGUGUCUGAGGUUCGUCCCAAGGCUGUCCUGACCCUGCAUCCUGCCUGGACACAGAUAUUCACAGGAGAGACAGUCACCCUGAGCUGUGAGGUGGAGGGGGGCUCUGCUGGCUGGAGGUUUAAACAGUACAGAGACGGACAUGAAGAGGUAUGGUGCAAUGAUCAAUACAACAGGAGAGAUGGGGACAGCUGCACAAUCAGUACCGCUCAGUAUAACCACAGUGGAGUGUACUGGUGUGAGUCUGGACAGGAGCGCAGUAAUGCUGUCAACCUAACUAUGUCCAAGCUGCCCCAGCCUACAAUCACCCUGGAGCCUCCAUUCCCAGAGAUAUUCACCGGGGAGACAGUCACUCUGAGGUGUGGGGUUGAGGGGGGUUCUGCUGGCUGGAAAUAUCUCUGGUACAAAGACAGUGAGGACACUCCAGUGCUCCAGACUGCUGGCCGCAGUAUAACUGGUGACAGCUACACAAUCACUGCAGCUGCUGUAUCUGACCAGGGCCAGUACUGGUGUCGAGGACAGAGAGGAGAUCAGCCACUCUACUCACAUCUCAGUGAUAAAGUAAUAUUAACUGUGUCUGAGCUGUUUAGCACACCCACUCUAACAGUGCUACCUGGUGCCUCAGCGUGGGAGGGAGAGACUGUGACUCUGCAGUGUGGGUCUCAGAUAUAUAAACAUGGCACACAGCUGCAGUACCGCUAUAUCAAAGACAAUUGGAAUGUGAGAGGAGCUGGAUCACAGGAUCAUCGCUCAAUCCCAGCGGCAGAGCCGAGAGACACAGGGAGCUACCAGUGUGAGGUGGAGGCAGCAGGGACGGGGCUGAAGAAAAGGAGUGAUUCUGUGUGGCUUUCUGUGAGAGAGUUGUUUACCAGCCCUGCUCUGACAGUGAUGCCUGAUGCCUCAGUGUGGGAGGGAGAGACUGUGACUCUGCAGUGUGGGGCUCAGAUAAAUAAACGGGGCACACAGCUGAAGUACCGCUAUAGCAAAGACAAUGGGGAUCUGAGUGGAGCUGGAUCACGGGAUCCAUACUCAAUCCCAGCGGCAGUUCCGAGAGACACAGGGAGCUACCAGUGUGAGGUGGAGGCAGCAGGGAUGGGGGUGAAGAAAAUGAGUGAUUCUGUGUCACUGACUGUGAGAGAGCUGUUUAGGAAACCCACUCUGACAUUCACCCCUGCGAGUCCAGUGUGGAAGGGAGAGGCUGUGACUCUGCAGUGUGGGGCUCAGAUAUAUAAACAGGGCACACAGCUGCAGUACCGCUAUAUCAAAGACAAUGGGGAUCUGAGUGGAGCUCGAUCACGGGAUCCAUACUCAAUCCCAGCAGCAGAGCUGAGAGACACAGGGAGCUACCAGUGUGAGGUGGAGGCAGCAGGGACGGGGAUGAAGAAAAGGAGUGAUUCUGUGAGGCUUUCUAUGAAAGAGCUGCCCCAGACUACACUCACCCUGGAGCCUCUAUUCCCAGAGAUAUGCACUGGGGAGACAGUCACUCUGAGGUGUGGGGUUAAAGGGGGUUCUGCUGGCUGGAAAUAUCUCUGGUACAAAGACAAUGAGGACACUCCAGUGCUCCAGACUGCUGGCCGCAGUAUAACUGGUGCCAGUUACACCAUCACUGCAGCUGCUGUAUCUGACCAGGGCCAGUACUGGUGUCGAGGACAAAGAGGAGAUCAGCCACUCUACUCACAGCUCAGUGAUAAAGUAAUAUUAACUGUGUCUGAUCAAUGGGUGAUCCUGCAGACUCCCCUCCAGCCUGUGAUUGAGGGAGACUCUCUGACUCUGAGGUGUCGUGUCCGCACAAAUUAUACAUUUACCAGGAUUGUCUUUUUUAAAGAUAAUGAAGAGAUUCAGUCCCAGAAUAACACAGAGCUGAGUGUGGAUCGUGUUUCAAAGAGUGACGAGGGGUCCUACAAGUGCAGAGCGAUGUGGAACUCCUCAACUUACUCUGGUGACUCUGCAGAGGUGCGGGUGUCAGUGAGAGAGCUGUUCUCCAGGGUGACUCUGACAGCCUCUCCAGGAGCCACAGUGAAGGAGGGAGAGGCUCUUAACCUGACCUGUGAGGCAGCAGUGAACAAAACCCCCCGCCCUCAACUCCACUACACCAUUGUGAGAGAUGGGGUGCCUGUGACUAACAGCACUAACUCUGCACUGUACAGCAUAGCCAGCAGUGAGAAGAGCCACACUGGGAGCUACACGUGUGCUGUGGAGUCACAGGGAGUGAGGAAGAGCAGCCAGGAGCUACACAUUGAAGUGCAAACGUCCUGGCACAGCGCUGUUGCUAUUGGCUACAGAGUGAGCUUCACUCUGAUUCAUUUCAUUGUGUUCACUCUGCUGCUCCUUCAAUACUGCAGGAUCCAAGGUUCCCUGUGUAUUGCUGGCGGUACAUCACGGAAAACCUCGGAUCAGGAUCAGGAGCAGUCAGCAGAGAGGAUUGAGCUCUGCAGCCGUGUGCAGCACACUGGAGUGGAACUGCAAUAGUAUUGCACUGUCGUACUGAAGAUCAGCCUGACUGCCAUGUUUUAGAACUACUGUGAAUAUCUGUUCAAACUGCGGCUGUAGUUUACAGAAAAUGACCAUUGACUGGGGUAUUUUCUAAGACCUCAAAACAAAUGGAUUAUUCAUUGAUUGUUUGAUUUAAUUCAUUUAUUUAAUAGAUUGCUUGAUUGCACAGUGUAACUUGAAGUGCAUUACUGAACAAUGUAUGUAUUCAUAAGCUAUCCUUUAGUCAAUAAACUGCUUUAUUCUA